AUGGUUACUCGAUUUUUUUCGAAAUUAAGUCAAAAUUAUAUUGAAUUAUUAAAAGAUGAUGAAUAUUAUGAUAUUACAAUUGAAGUUGGUGAAGACCCUGACGUAAAAAUAUUUCGUGCUCAUAUGAAUAUUUUGUGUUACCGUUCUCCGUAUUUACGACGAAUAAUAAAGUCCAACAAUAAGAACAAUGAUAACGCUUUAGCUCAUAUUAAAUUAUCAAACACAUCACCGGAAAUCUUUCAAAUUGUAUUAGAGUAUAUUUAUGGAGGUAUCCUUUCAUUGGAUGAAAAGGACACUUCAGACCUUCUUAAAGUUUUGGCUACUGCAGAUAAGCUUAGUCUUCAAGAGCUAGUUGAUUAUUUACAAGGAUAUUUAAUUGAAAAUAAAUUCGAACAGCUAGAACAAUAUUUUGAAUUUUCUCAACAAAUUAGCUCAAAUUCUAAUAAUUUAUUCAAACUUCAAGAAUUUUGUACAAAUUUAAUGGUUCAGUCUUCCGAAAAAGUACUUAAAUCAUUAAAUUUUAUUUCACUUCCUGAAAAUCUUUAA